CGAAGAAGUUCCAACAUUAUGGGGGCAUUCUUUGACUUUUGAUGUUAACAACAUUUGGUAGAAAGAAAGAAUCAGAUUCAAUUCAAAACAAAGUUGUGUUGUAUUUUCAUGUGUUUUGUGUCACUCUUACAACCUCUUAUUUUGUUCCUUUCUUUCUCUUUCUAGAAAAAAAAGAAAAAAAAAGAAAAAGCACAAAGCAUCAAAAUUCAUCCUUUUCUUUUCACAAUCUAAUAACACGUGAAAGUUCAGUGAAUGAAGAAUCAAUGGAGUUAACUGGAACGUGACUGAAGAAAGAAACAAAAAACAGGAUCAUGGCUGCCAUGGAAGGAAGAACCUCUGAGGAAUUAACGCCUAGGUAUUAUGCCCUUUGUACCAUUGGAGGAAUGCUUAGUGCUGGUACCACUCAUCUUGCUACAACUCCUCUUGACGUUUUGAAAGUUAACAUGCAGGUGCAUCCUAUUAAAUAUUACAGUAUUUCGUCUUGCUUUACUACCUUAUUGAGGGAACAAGGGCCUUCUGUCCUAUGGAAAGGAUGGACAGGCAAGUUCUUUGGCUAUGGUGCUCAAGGAGGGUGCAGAUUCGGUCUCUACGAAUAUUUUAAGGGAGUUUACUCUAAUGUAUUGGUAGACCAGCACAGGAGUCUUGUGUUCUUUCUUAGUAGUGCAUCUGCUGAAGUUUUUGCCAAUUUAGCUCUAUGUCCAUUUGAAGCCGUUAAAGUCAGGGUUCAAGCACAACCUAGUUUUGCUAAGGGUAUGUUUGAUGGAUUUCCGAAGGUAUAUGCAGCAGAAGGCGCACGAGGAUUCUACCGUGGACUUGUUCCACUUUUGGGUCGAAACAUUCCAUUUUCCAUGGUUAUGUUCUCAACGUUCGAGCACUCUGUUGAUUUUUUAUAUCGUAAUGUUGUCAAAAGAAAAAAGGAGGAAUGUUCAAAAGCUCAACAACUUGGCGUGACAUGUUUAGCUGGAUAUACCGCUGGAUCUGUUGGUAGCUUUGUUUCUAAUCCUGCUGACAAUAUAGUAGCGUCUCUUUAUAACAAAAAAGCUGAUAGUCUUCUGCUGGCUAUCAGAAAAAUUGGACUAGCCAAUUUAUUUACUAGGAGUCUUCCUAUUAGAAUGUUGCUGGUUGGUCCUUCCAUAACUUUGCAAUGGUUUUUCUACGAUACUAUCAAAGUUUUAGGUGGAUUGCCAACUAGUGGUGAAGUUACACCUGACUUGAAAGAAGAUAGGAAAGGCUAGAUUCAGAGAAAUUGAAUUCUGCAGUCACUAUUUUUUGCGGACUGCGUAUGAUUGCAGGUCAUUAUAUUGUAUGUAUACAUGGGAAUGGUUUGCAUAAAGUUUUGUUUUGUUAUUAAAUUAGCCAUUAUAGCUUUUUAUAAGUUUUUUAGAAUAUGGUACCAUCUGGAUGAGAUGGUACAAGUCUCUUCGAACAUAAUUAGUGGUCUGAUUCUAGGGAAUGCAACAACGACAAAGUCAAACUUUAGAGAGUUUUGCUACUCAUGUCAUCCUAUCUAAUUCGAUAGAUUAAUCUUCACAGUUGCAAAUGAGACCAUUCAUAUUCGUACAUCUACUAGAAGUAGCCUACUAUGUUACAGAAAGAACAAAAUAAUUAAAGAUUUAUUAGCAAUGCUUGUGCUGUCAAGUUACCAUUUUUUGUUUUGCCCA